UCACGCCCGAGGAAUCUUUCGGUUUUGAGAGCAAACGACGCUUUCGCUCCGUUCUUGUCUUUAGUAGCCGUAAGUCCCAUUCCAAAACCGCCGAGAUCAGUGUGAACUGUGAAGCUAAUCUUAGCUGCUUUCUUAAUAUGAUUUUGGCUAUCUUAUCAGAAGAAAGUUCGUUUGAGUUGCAGAGGAGGAAUACUGUUAUCUUCAAUGGCAAAACACGAAGAGCUCCCUAUUCCUAUUUUUUCCAAUCUAGAGUCGGUUUAUGGAAGUGGUUCUCCGCUUGAAGAAGCUCAGCUUCGAUUCGACAAGAUAAAAUCCAAGUUUCUUGAGGUUUUUGGUCACCAGCCUGACGUUUAUGCUCGAGCUCCAGGUCGAGUGAAUUUGAUUGGGGAGCACAUUGACUAUGAAGGAUACUCCGUGUUGCCGAUGGCCAUAAGACAAGAUACGAUCGUGGCUAUACGCAAACACGCUGCUGGAGAGUCUCCAAAGCUUAUUAGAAUCGCGAAUCUGAAUGAGAAGUAUACCAUGUGUUCUUAUCCCGCCGAUCCGGACCAGGAGAUUGAUUUGAAGAAUCACAAAUGGGGCCAUUAUUUUAUUUGCGGGUACAAAGGAUAUCAUGAAUUUGCUAAAUCAAAAGGCAUAGAUGUUGGUGAUCCAGUAGGACUUGAUAUCCUUAUUGAUGGGACAGUUCCUACCGGUUCUGGACUAUCAAGCUCAGCAGCAUUUGUUUGUUCUUCUACUAUUGCUAUAAUGGCUGCUUUUGAUGUGAAUUUCGCAAAGAAAGUAAUUGCCCAACUUGCCUGUGACUGUGAACGCCAUAUUGGAACACAAUCUGGUGGUAUGGACCAGGCAGUUUCUAUCAUGGCCAAAUCUGGAUUUGCAGAAUUGAUUGAUUUCAAUCCAAUCCAUGCAACUGAUGUGCAACUUCCUGCUGGUGGGUCUUUUGUGAUUGCCAAUUCCUUGGCAGAAUCCCAAAAGGCAGUAACUGCCGCAACAAAUUACAAUAACCGGGUCGUAGAAUGUCGUCUAGCAGCUAUUGUUCUUGGCAUAAAGCUCGGAAUGAAAGCAAAGGAGGCAAUCUCCAAGGUGAAAACUCUUUCUGAUGUCGAGGGAUUGUGUGUAUCUUUUGCUGGUACUUGUGGCUCUUCAGAUGCUGUCCUUGCAGUCAAGGAAUUCUUGAAGGAAGAGCCAUAUACAGCUGAAGAUAUUGAGAAAAUCACAGAGGAAAAUCUUCCUUCAGUCCUGGGCAAUGAUCCAACCUCUUUAGAUGUGCUACGAGCUGCCAAGCACUUCAAGUUAUUUCAGCGAGCCUUCCAUGUAUACUCUGAAGCUAAGCGUGUUCAUGCUUUCAAAGACACUGUUUCGUCCAACCUAGGUGACGAGGACAUGCUAAAAAAGCUCGGUGAUCUCAUGAAUGAAAGCCAUUACAGUUGCAGUGUUCUGUAUGAGUGCAGCUGCCCAGAGUUGGAAGAACUGGUAAAGGUUUCCCGGAAUAAUGGAGCACUUGGAGCAAGACUUACAGGAGCAGGAUGGGGUGGAUGUGCUGUAGCAUUGGUGAAGGAGAAUAUGGUCCCACAAUUUAUCCUCAAUUUAAAGGAAUCGUUUUAUCAAUCAAGGAUCGAAAAGGGGAUAAUCAAUAAGAAUGAUCUUGGCCUGUACCUCUUCGCUUCCAAACCAUCCAGUGGCGCUGCAAUUUUUAAGUUCUAGUUCCUCUCUCUCUCCCUCUCCCUCUCCCCAAUCUUGAAGGAAAGGAAUUGUAAAAACCUCUUUUUGGCUGGCUUCAUAUGUGAAAGACAAUGAUCUGGCCUUUCUUAUCGGUUGAAAUAAAUAAAUCAUGUCUUGUAA